AUGCCCCUGUACAUGGCUCGCGCUGAUGGCUUGCCGUGCCGGCGGAACGUCAAGCUGGACUGCUUCCUCAAACGGAACACGGAGCGAGACGUGUUCGAGCGCAUCCGAGCCUACGAGCCGUGCGUGGUGCUGUCGGAGGAGAUCAACAUCAACAAGGUCUUCAUGCACGUGGUGCUGAGCGAUGACAGCGUCUACCUGACCGAGUAUCCACCGCGCACCGUCCGGCAGGCCGUCUGCUUUCGGGACAUCGUGGACGUGGAGCUGGUAAACGACCUGCCGGACUUCCUGAGCGGUCAGGAGCGCGAGCGUUCUCAGCACAUACGCGUCAUCUACACCACCACAGUGCAUGCUGGGAGGAGAGGCUUCCGGCAGCGGAGAUGGAAAACCAUCAGGCCCGACCCCCCCUAUGCCUCUUUGUAUCCUAUGGAAGGUCUCCAUGAAAUCCCAUUCAACAUCACACCUCAGCGGCCCAACAGAUCAGCGAGGCGUAUGGUCGACAACCUCAUGAAGCCUCUGCGUCCGACCUCCACUGGGUGUGGGCGGAGUCCUGUUCUCCACCAUCUCAGCUCCGCCUACCGAUCUGAAGACCUCAUCCUCAUCCAGAUCCGCUCACGCCCCCUCGGUAGAUCCGCUCACGCCCCCUCGGUAGAUCCGCUCACGCCCCCUCGAUCCGCUCACGCCCCCUCUGUAGAUCCGCUCACGCCCCCUCGGUGUGUAGAUGAGAUCCGCUCACGCCCCCUCGAGGGAGGAAGCGAUAACUGUCAUCAGCAGGAGCGUUGCCCUGGAGACGGAACACAGACGCAGACAUCCGGAAGGUGUGAGGAGGACAGGAGGAGAGGAGAGGAGAGGAGAGAGGAGUUACACCUGUACUCCGUGUCUCUCACCUCGCGCAUCUACAGACACCUGCAAAGCGCCUGGCACAGCUAUAUUAUAAGAUCAACUCUGAUGUUGGAGCCUUCAUAUAAGAGAAGAUGUUUAUCCUCCACAUCACAGCAGAGACGCGGCAAGAUGAGUUGGGAGCAGACUGCCCACCUGUUCCACCAGCUCCACAGUGAACUGCUGCAGGAGGGACUCAGUCUGGAGAGGAGAUACCUGCUGAUACAGGAGCUCCACACAGCAGCACACCGCAGCAUCGCCAUCAAGAAACUCUUCUGGAGGUCCAGUGACUUGUGCCCGUUCCUGGUGAAGACGCUGGCUCAUACUCUUCAUUCUAGAAGCUCAGCUGUCCACGCUGCUGACCGGCUGCUGCUGUGCACUCUCAUCGCCCAGACGCUGAGCCUGAUGUUGAGAGAGAUGGAGGUGGAGCCAGCGCUACUUACCAUGCUAACCGCUAACCAGGGGGCGCUAACUGCUAGGCUGCUGCUAGCGCUGGUGUGUCGGCCGGAUCAGCAGCCUCCUCCUCAGCAGCACUCGGACUCAGAGGAGACGGAGCAGGAGGACAACACACACACUCAGGUACAGAGGUUGCAGGCUGAGUAUCUGGAUGCUGCUGUUGCUCUGCUCUUCGAGAUCAUCGUGCUCUCUCAGGAGGCUAGCCGUACCCAGGUCCAGGAUCACUUCCUGACUGUGGGCUGGGUGCUGAGAACACUGAAGCCUCAGACCUGCACAAAAUCCUUCCUGGGUUACCAGGCCCAUCAGCUGGUUCUGAUGUUGUCUGGUUCCGGUUCCGGGUCGGGUUCCGGUUCCGGGUCGGGUUCUGGUUCCGGUUCCGGGUCCCCUCUGUGCCCGGCGCGGGCCGUGCUGCUCUACCAGCGCUGUGUGGUUCUACUGGCCUGCCUACAGCACAACACCACACUCAGCGAACACAUACGCUCAGAGGCACACGAGGAGUUCAGGUACCGCAUAAAAGCGUCUGAGUUUCCGGAGAAGCUGCCUCCCACAUAUCCCAUCAGCCAACCAGCACAGCGCCUCCUGGUACGCCUGCAGUCAUUGGUCCUCCGCCAGCCUUGAGCCCGCCCUGAGCCCACCCUGAUUGGCUCGCAACCGCCUCCACUCAGCUGCUAUUGGCUAUUGACUGUUGACUCUCUGAGCUAGGGGUGAAAAGCCACCACCCAUCAGUCCCAGGAA